UUUGGCCAUCAGCAUUUUGGCAUCUCUGCUCUCGAUUCUCGGCAUCUCUAUUCCUAUUCGGAUCCUAUUUCCCACUUGUUUGAUCCAACGGUUCACCUUUUCUCUCGCUUUCUUUUUCUUCACCUUAAUAAAUACCCAACUGCUCCAUCAAAUAAAAAUUAUCAAACCAAAAGAAAAAAAUAAACGAAAGUUUUUUCUGUUUCUCUCUCAAAAAAAAUUCAUCAGAGAAAGAGAGAGAAAGAGAAAAAUGAAUGUCUUGGAUUCCCCUCUCGAAGCCCUUGUUUUUCCUUACGUGAGCUUUGGUUUCUUUAUUUUCGUUAAUAAUCUAUGGACGUGGGUCGCCGUUGUGACGGCCGCCGUUAGCGUCUGGAAAAUCAGAGCCACCGCCGGAGAUGGACCAGGAGGAGUAUGUUCUGUCGAUUCAUCACCUUCUUGUGAUGAUCGGUGCUCAAUCACCCCUGCGCCGCCACCAUCGGUUUCGGUUUCGGUUUCGGCGGCUUCUGUAUCGGCUUCGGGACACGUGGAAGAUAAUGGAGCUGACGUUUUGACUAAGGGAAGGAAAUUCAGUCUGUAUUACGAGCAUGACGGCGAGCUGACGGAAGAGUUUGAGGAAAAUGACGGCGCAGCCGAGGCGGUGGUGGUUGAGGAAUAUUGUGGCGGCGGCGAUGGGGAUUGGUGGGAGAUAAUGCUGGAGAUGAGACUGGGUGAGAAGAGUUGGUACCGUUACCAGGAAUUGACGGAGCUUAACGGCAAUGUGGUUCGGUUUUGGGAUGAUUGUAGAAGUAGUAGCCUGGUAUGGAAAACUUCGACGGCGCCGUAUUAUUAGGUAGCUCAAAACGCUGCGUUUCAGGGUAGUAGUUAUGUAGUACAGGCAGAAGAAGGGUAAUCAAUAAAAGUCCCUAGAAUUGUAAAUAUGUUAAGGAAAAAUUGAUGGAUUAACUUAAAUGUCCAAUAAUCCAAAUUUCCAAUGCAAAAGGGUUGCGUUUUUUGGUUAUUUAUGUAUAUAUAUUAUGUUAUUUUA